AUGGGGGGAAACCAGACUUCUGUCACCGAGUUCCUCCUGCUGGGGUUUCCCCUGAGCCCAGGGACUCAGAUGCUCCUCUUCGGGCUCUUCUCCCUGUUCUACGCCUUCACCCUGCUGGGCAACGGGGUCAUCCUGGGGCUCGUCUGGCUGGACUCCCGCCUGCACACCCCCAUGUACUUCUUCCUCUCACACCUGGCUGUCGUCGACAUGUCCUACGCCUGCAACACGGUGCCCCAGAUGCUGGUAAACCUCCUGAGCCCAGCCAAACCCAUCUCCUUUGCUGGCUGCGUGACACAGACCUUCCUCUUCUUGAGCUUUGCUCACACUGAAUGUCUUCUCCUGGUGGUGAUGUCCUAUGACCGGUAUGUGGCCAUCUGCCACCCCCUCCGAUAUGCUGUCCUCGUGAGCUGGAGAGUCUGCAUCAACCUGGCAGUGGCUUCCUGGACGUUAGGGGUCCUCCUGGCCCUGGCACAUACAGUGUUACUCUUACCGUUGCCCUUCUGUGGGCCCCAGAAAGUGAAUCACUUUUUCUGCGAGAUUACAGCUCUUCUCAAGCUUGCCUGUGCGGACACCCACAUUAAUGAGAUUGUGGUUUUGGCUGGGGCAGCGUCUGUGCUGGUGGGACCGCUGUCCUCCAUCGUGGCUUCCUACGUUCACAUUCUCCGGGCCAUCCUGAAGAUCCGGUCAGGGGCCGGGCGCCAGAAAGUCUUCUCCACCUGCUCGUCCCACCUCUGCGUGGUUGGGCUCUUUUAUGGCACAGCCAUUGUCAUGUAUGUUGGGCCCCGACAUGGGGACCCCAUGGAGCAGAAGAAAUAUCUCCUCCUGUUCCACAGCCUUUUCAACCCCAUGCUUAACCCCCUGAUCUAUAGUCUGAGGAACAGAGACGUCAAAGCUGCCCUGAAGAGGGUGCUUGACAAGGAGAGAUCUGCAUGA